CGCAGACCCGGGCCACGCUGGCGGAGACGAGUCCCCUGGGGACCCUUUAAACACGCAGCAUCCUGAGCUCUGUCCUCGGAGGCAGCCGGUUUGGGGAGCCCCUUAUUAACCAAUAAGAAGGAUAACACAAGAGCUUGCAAGGCCCCCAGGCCCUUGCACUGGAAGCCUCACGUGGAUUCUCUCAUUUAAUGCUUGUGAAAUGCAUAGGGCCAUGGUCCCCAUUUCACAGAGUAGGAGCCUGAAUCUCAGAGUUGGAUUCCUCCAGGGUCGUUUCAUCCAGCCGUGCCAGAGGCAGGUGUUGAGCCGGGUCAUGCCCAACCCUUGGACCGCGGCCUGCUCACGCAUUCCUGCCUGUAACUCUGAGCCCCCCUCAAGAGCCACGUAAAAUGUUGCUCUGGACCAGUCUGUAUCCUAAAGGAGGAAUCAGGCCAAAUACCUGGCCCAGAUCAUUGUGAUGGGGGUGCAGGUGGUGGGCAGGGCCUUUGCCCGGGCCCUGCGGCAGGAGUUUGCAGCCAGCCGGGCAGCAGCUGAUGCUCGAGGACGUGCUGGACACCAGUCUGCAGCUGCCUCCAACCUGUCUGGCCUCAGCCUCCAAGAGGCCCAGCAGAUUCUCAAUGUCUCCAAGCUGAGCCCGGAGGAGAUCCAAAAGAAUUACGAACACCUGUUCAAGGUGAACGAUAAAUCCGUGGGUGGCUCCUUCUACCUGCAGUCCAAGGUGGUCCGAGCUUGGGAGCGCCUGCAGGAGGAGCUCAGGAUCCAGGCCCAGGAGGACAGAGAGAAGGAGCAGAUGCCCAAAACGUGACCACUCAGCUCCUCCUACUGUACCCCAUCCACCUCCUCUAAUUUAUAGUUUGGUAAUAAAUGUCUUUUCCGCAUUUUUCAAUGCACAUA